CUACAGAGCUUAAUUCGAGACGGCUUUCAUGAUCAAUAAUUGAGAAAGAGUGGUAUCGAGGGUUGUUCGUGACCACCUGCUGCAAUGGGCAGAAUUGAAGCCGAAGUUUGGCUUGCUAAGUGGUCUGCGAUGCGGAAGGCGGCGGGUGGAACAAACAUGCCAAGCUUGUGGUGAUGUUUGGUGAUAUUUCGACCAGUUGGUGUUUUUGCCUCAGGCAGGUAUUCCUCGCUGUAGUGUGACGUGAAUCCCGCUGCUCUACUCUCUCUGCUUGCACAAGCCACUUUGAGAUCUCUCGACUGGACGGAGUAUCGCCUUCGACAGAUGUCUCUCGUACUAACCAAUACGCGCACUCGAAAUAACAUUAGCCAUCGAACCAAGCCAAACUCAGGAGGAGAGCCACCCUCCGUCGGAGUCGGUGUGGCGUGUGCAACUCAAUCAAGAACAGACACACACACACACACACACACACACACACACACACAAAUACACGCAGCUCCCCUUUCACUUAGCCUCCAUAUCAACUCGCAAGCAGUGGCGCAAAUUAAAGGCAAACCGAGACAGGACAAAAGAGAUCACCCCUCUUCUCCCCUCUCCCCUCUUCAUUCCCUUCCCCCCUCCCUAUUCCCCUCCUCCCCUAAUCUAAAGGCCUUCUACGCUGCUUCCAGAAACAUUCCUAAUUUAGCGCUAUGGAGUCCAUCACCGCAGCCCUCCACCCGGGUAAGUAGGGUUAUGGGGCUUCUGGGCUCCCCUUUUUUUUGCCCUCAUUCUUUCUCGUGUCAUUGUGGAUGAGCUGUCAAGUCAGGACUUGAGUCGAAAAGAGGGUCGAGGUCUAGUCCUCUCUCUAGUGUCGGAUUUGCUUCGUUUGGCCGGAUGCCAAUGAAGAUCAGGGUCGGUAUGACAGAUGGGGUUGACGA